UCGACAGUAUGAGGAUAAGGCAUGGAUGAUGCGAGAGGGGAUGAAAAAUGACAGCGGCUUUUUUUGUUUAUAAACAAAGUAGAUCAAAUCUUUAUGCUACAUAGCGGUCCCCACCAACAUAUACCUACGCUGGGCUGGUUUCAAUCGAACUAGCUGUUGUGUCUCACAACCCGAACGAUCAGGCGAGUCUUCAGCUAAAGCAGUACGGCACAAGCCCACCGGUAAUUAAGAGCCACCUCUUUUAUAUACCCACUAGCAAAACUCCCACAAUCGCUGAGUUUCCAAUCCCAGCAGCAACGGCAACAACCCUCACGUCCCGUAGAACAGCAAUGCAGACAAUAACUUGCAGCAGUCACCGAAACACUACAAUGAUGCCAACAGCGUAAACAAAACCAACAUUUAUGCGCAGCAAACACAUAGCGGCAUGCACUCCUCAUUGCAUGCCAUUUGUUAUCCUCUUUCUCGGAAAACUCUAGCCGUUCGUUUGGCCGGUGUCAAUUCGAACUCAAGUAAUGGCUGAACAGCAGUUCUGACAUAACGUUCCACCUUAUUAUCCGCCUUGAUCACAACGUCUAAAUCCGGCUUUAGUGACGUAGCGAGUGGUGUAACAAGCUCACAAUCCGUGCCACCUGGAGAUUAUUUUGUAAACAAAGUAAACAAAGCCUGGAGAAAUAUUCUGCGAUAAGCAAACGUCAUUACGAAUCGAACGAGAUAACUUUUCUCAAACUCGCAAAUCAGUGAUAUUGAUAUAUAACUUCAUUGCCGAAUGGAUCGUCAGCCCCAUCCAACCAAAAUCGUAGAUUUCCAUUAUAAAUUCAAAAACUUCGAUGACACUACAGCUAGUUUGAUCUAUCCGAUAGAGGUUCCCUUUCGUGGAAGCCCUAAAGAGCUUGCUCAUUGUAUUAUCACAGAACGAAUGGAUCCAAUAAUGAAAUUUCUGCUAGCAGACAAAGAUUUGAAACUAGCUCUGGAGCUUUUCAUCGAAGAGGAAAAUCAAAAGUUCUACGAUGAGCACGAUGAUGCCUUGAUAGAGAAUUUGCAAUCAGGUCAUGUUGAUGUCGACGCCUUGUCGUUGGAUUUAGAAAAGCUAUACAAAGAUGAGAUUUUAGAAUACGCUGAACGAAUCGGCCCCUCCGACGAGGAAAUCUUCGCUCAAAGCUAUCAUCAGUUGGUACACUCUUCAGUACUUUCAGAAAUACUAGCAAAAGAGAGGGAGUACGCAAAAGUUAUCACGAAUCUGAUGGCACAAAUGACACAACAAAUAAAUACAAUGAAUACAUUACAUCAUGAAGAAAUCGAGUCUAAGAUGAAAUUACUGGACAUAUCGGUUACUUCUGAAAACAUUAAUCACAUACUGGCCAAACAGUAUGGUAUGCAAAAUAUGAUUCGAAGACAAUGCGAGUCGGAGCUAGCAUCUACGAGAGGUCAUCAAAAGUAUGAGUAUCGCAAUUGGAUAACGACCCAUAUUGAUGAAAACUUCCUGGCCGAAUCUGAUAGUCCAACACAAAUCGGCAAUCGUUGGUCCAUGAUUUCAACGCAGGGGCCGUCAAUGGAGGAAAGCUUCACCAUUCAUCUAGGUUCCCAAUUGAAACACAUGCAUAAUAUACGUAUUUUGAGUACAAAAAUGUCCGAUCUGUGUAGUCCGUUGUACAGUGAUAGCAGCUUUGGAGGUCCCAACGUCGCUCUGGGGCUGUAUUCCAGUUCUCUCUGUGGAAUAGUUGUUCUAACGUCGUCGGGAAAUAUCGCGCCUGACUCUGAGAUAAGGCGCAACGCAAAUAUGUCCACCGAAUUUCACUUCGAUCAAAUAGAUCAUCAAAUUGAAAAAAUUCAGGACGAUUUGCGUAGAGUAUCCUCUUUCUCGGAAGAACAAGAUCCAGAAGCGGGAAGCAAAACUGACAGGAACAGUUCUAGACUAAAGCCAGGAGACGUUUAUAUUACGCGUCAUUCGAAUCUCUCCCACUCGCACGUGAUUUUUCAUCUGAUUUCCGAUGAAACAUUCCAAAGCCCAAGCGAAAUUAAUUCGCGACAUCCGGUGAUUUUAGGCCUCCGGAAUAUAUUGAAAAUUUCAAGCAGACAUGAUGUCACGACACUUACCAUUCCUGCCCUGUUGAGGAAUGAAAUGUCGGAGGAUAUGACGGUUAACUGGUGCAUGAGACGUGCGGAGCUUGUGUUCAAGUGCGCUAAAGGCUUUAUGAUUGAGUCUGCUAGCUGGGGAGGGGCGGAACUUAACACACUGCAGCUAUUGCUGCCGCAUGAUAUCUCCGAGGAACUCUUCCGCACGCUAGCGGAUAUGGUGCCACAUGUGUUCCGAGUAGCGAAUCCUAAAGUAUUACAAUAAAUAUAAGAUACGUAUGUUAAUGUGUGAUACUUUCAUGAGAGUAUCAAACAAAUGUAGACAUGUUAAGUAUGGGGCGCUUGCAGCGUGCAUAUGUAUUAGUGAUCUGUUGGGCAGGCAGAAGAGAUCGCUGCAUAGGAUUUGUAUGGAUCGACAAGAUUGAGCUUUGUUUAAAUAAUUAUUUUAGCGAAAUAGUUAUAGAAAUUACGCGCUACAGUAUGUUAAUAGCGUGCGACUAUAUGUCUCUUUACAUAAAAAUAUUGACUUUUAGCUUCAAACCCAUAUAUACGGAGAAAAAUAGAAAUUUCUGUUAUGGCUAUGAUCCAUAUCAAUGGAAGCAGAUUGAUUAUUCGAAUAGUUUCACAGAAACAAUGCAAAUUGCACAUUGCGAUUGUAUAGCCGGAUUAGGUGAAGUGUGCUCCCAUUUAGGCUUUGUGCUUUUUGCUCUGAAAUGCUGGUCUCGUGAUGAAGUAAACUAUAAUGAAUAUUCGUGUGCAGAUAUCCUUAAUCGGUGGUUAGUUUCGCCAAAAAAGCAGUUGAUUGUGUUGAAAUUAAGAACAUAUUCAGCCAGAAAGAUCAACCAACCCUCAGAUAUGAUUUCCGGGUACCUGAAUGCUCUGCGGAGAAGUGAAAUAUGGUUAUAAGAAAAUUAAUCAGAAACGAAGAAAAUCCAUCAAUUGGCUAAUUCAUGGAAAAUACAAGGAAGCAUUCGAACGUGUGCUCGAGCCUCUGUAUCUUGAAUCUACGUCCGAACAUGCUGAUAAUCCUUUCUGUUAUUUUUUCGAUUCAAAUCUAGUGGGAAAGUCACUCAAUGAACAUCGCGAAAUAGGUGCUAGUAAGUUAAGCAAUAUGCGUCACACAAAAGCACUUGUUCGGUAAAUAGCUUGCCUAACUGUUUCACAAAGUUCAUGUUAGCUCUAUGAAAUAUUUCGCGCUUAUAGAAAUAUUGCAACUAUAUUUAAAUCAUCUACAAGAACGUCGAUUGAUAAUGAAUCCACUUCUGCUGCAUAGAAGCUACGAAUGUAAACAAAUGAUGUUUGCCCAACAGAUGCUCUGCAUGUAUGUGUAGCAAGAGCCCUAUGUUAGUCCUUGAAUUAAAUGAAUGUUAUAUUAAGAACGUAAGCUUCAAUGUAGAA